AUGUCUUCUGACUGGGGCUCGUGGUUUUAUUCUUCAGGCACUCGGUCUUCCAUCGACGAAUCCAACCGCAGUGACGUCCACAGCGGCGACGAUGAGACCGUUGAGCCCGACCAGGGAAAUGUGCUCUCGCACAUCAUUUCCCAGUUGCGACCGGGUGCAGACUUGAGUCGUGUCGUUCUUCCUACUUUCAUUCUCGAGCCGCGAUCUAUGCUGGAAAGAAUAACCAACUUCAUGGCACACCCCGAAACCCUCCUCCCUAUGACCACCAUCGAUGACCCUCUCGAGCGCUUCGUGUCCGUUGUCCGGUUCUACCUGAGUGGGUGGCAUAUCAAGCCUCCAGGCGUGAAGAAGCCGCUCAAUCCAAUCCUCGGAGAGACCUUUACCGGAUACUGGGAAUACCCCGAUGGCACGCGCGGAUACUACAUCGCCGAACAGACCUCGCACCACCCGCCCAAGUCGAGCUAUUUUUUCAUGGCCCCCGAACAUAGGAUCCGGAUAGACGGGACCUUGAAACCGCGCAGUAAGUUCCUGGGCAAUUCCGCAGCUAGUCUGAUGGAAGGUGUUGCCGUUCUGCGGCUUCUGAAUAAAGGUCAGAACCAGGAAAAAGGCGAACGAUAUAUCCUGACCCAGCCCAACAUGUACGCCCGCGGUAUUCUCUUCGGGAAGAUGAAGUAUGAACUCGGAGAUCACAGUUAUGUCCGAUGCCCAGAGCACGACCUGGUUGCGGACAUCGAGUUCAAAACAAAGGGCUAUUUUUCCGGUACUUAUAAUGCGAUUGGCGGGACCAUCAAGAAUGAAAAGACUGGAGAAGUGUACUACGAGCUUUCUGGUAUGUGGAACGGGGAGAUGACCAUUAAAAAUGUCGCGACACACAAGAAAGAGACGCUUUUCGAUGCAGUACAUGCCAAACACACUCCUCCCCUACACCGACCGAUUGAAGAGCAAGGCGACCGGGAAUCACAAAAGUUAUGGCACGACACGGUCAAGGCCAUUAUUGCCCGCGACCACGAUGCCGCAACGGAUUCGAAGACCGCGAUUGAAGAUCGCCAACGUGAAGAAGCAGCCAAGAGGACCGAACAGGGAAUCGAAUGGCAACCGAAACUUUUUCGUCAUGUCCAAGGUGGCCCCGGUGGCCCGGACGAGGGCGAAGAAGAUUUAGACUGGAUCAUCGACGCGGAGGUUGACUCUCACAACCCCGAAGUUGCCGUCAAACAAAUCCUAUCCAUCGCGCCGAUUCUGCCAGGCCAGAAGGAUGAAGCUUCUGCGGCAAGCCAUUGA